UCCUGGGAGUGAAAGACCCGGGUACCUUGGCCCCCAAACUCAGCUGCACUUGCGCCUGCACCUGCGCUCGUGCUUGCACCUGCGCGGUUCUUCCACCUGACUCAACCCCACCGGGAAAGUGACAACGGGUGACGCCCUCGGCUUGUCAUGGCCUACCCGGGAUAUGGAGGAGGGUUCGGACAUUUUAGUGGUCAGAUGCAAGGAACACCGACACUGAUGGGCCAUCCAGUGGCAGGAACAGGCCCAAACAUGUGCCCCGGUGGGUUCCAGCCUGCAUACACCCCAUACCUGGGCAGCUGUUCUUCAGCCGAUGCCUCCAUGUGGAGCUUCUUCACCACUGUUGCUGGACAGGAUGGUGAAGUGGACGCUGAGGAGCUGCAGAGAUGUUUGACACAGUCUGGAAUUACUGAAACUUAUUCUCCAUUCAGCUUGGAAACAUGCAGAAUUAUGAUCGCCAUGUUGGAUAAGGAUUAUACAGGAAAAAUGGGAUUUAGUGAAUUCAAGGAGCUUUGGGCAGCCAUUAAUGCCUGGAAGCACAACUUCCUGACUGUUGAUCAAGACCGAAGUGGUUCAGUAGAGCAUCAUGAAUUGAGUCAAGCCAUUGCUACUAUGGGUUAUAGAUUGAGUCCUCAGACAUUAAAUGCUAUUGUUAAACGUUACAGCAAGAAUGGCAGGAUUUUCUUUGAUGAUUAUGUUGCUUGUUGUGUGAAGCUUCGAGCACUGACAGAAUUCUUUAGGAGAAGAGACCACUUGCAACAAGGAUGCGUGAAUUUCAUGUAUGAAGAUUUUUUACAGGGCACUAUGACAAUAUGAUUGCUGAGUGUUUGAAAGGUGAAGAAAGAAAUACUGUGAAUCUUUUGCUUGAAAGAAAUGAACGGGACCACCUUAAAGUGUAACUCUUAUAAUGUUUCUGGCUAAUAAAUUCUAACUCUUU